ACGUUCCUCUUGUAAUCGGAAAUGGUUCGUUCGUAUGGAUAUUUUUGACAAUGAUAUCUAUAUUACAACUGGUUGGAAUCGAAUCAAGAAGGAGAUGUCUAUUACUGAUCAUCAUUUGGUCGUUUUUGAAAUGCUUGAUUUGCAUACAUUUGAGAUGAGUGUUUUCUGUUGCAAACCCACCCUACUAACUCUACCACCAGAACUUUGUGUUGUCAAAGAAGAACCUACAAAUGAGGUGAUUGAUAUUUCUGAUGAUGAUUUGCCUAAUCCCAUUCCGGUAGUUGGUGUUGAAGAGAGUACGGACGAUGAAGUACCGGUUGUAUUUCGCGUUGACAAUCAUUAUCGACUAAAAAAGAAGUGGGCACAGUUGCACGGUUUGGAUCGUAAGAGGGAUUUGAUUAUUAAGGACUCUGACGGUUUGACUUGGGACGUGUCAAUUGGUGUCGAGCACUCUGAAGGAUAUCCGCGCUAUAACGUGAUUGGUAUGAAGAACUUUGUUCGAGACAAACAAUUAGUCAAAGGUUCCGAAUUUCAUAUGGUUUACGUAAAAAGUAAAGGUAUCUUGAUUUACCGUUGACGUGGUGGUGCUUGAUCGGAUGUGUUGGGUGUUAAAAACAGUAUUCUUAUCCUUUUGUGUUUACUUAUUAGUACAUUA